AACUACUUCUGAGUACUUGCUACCUAAAAAAACUUGAAAAGAGUCACCAUAAGUUAGAAUUUACUUGACCGCACACAAUUACUUAUUAUAGUUAUAAUUAUCUGUUCACAUAUUACUUUUGGUUGGAUAAAGGUGGUGUAUGGUAUUUUGGUUAAAUUGAGUUUCAGUCUUAGAAAGCUGUUAUAAGAAGGAGUAACCAUUAUUAAAGACAAUGCUUGUAAAAAGUUACUUUUGUGGACUAUAUCUCCCAGACGUCUCCACCCUGCAUUGCUAGUGGCUAUACCGGCUUGGGGAUUGGGUGGUAUGUAGCCCAAAAGUAACCUUUCUGAGUUCUUAUGGAAGUCUAUACCUUAAUCUAGAAUCCACAUUCUUAUAGACUAGAAUAGGUGCGCCACAAAAGGCUGGUACAGGUGUGUUCCAAAACUGAGGAAGCCUGUGGGUGACGCUCAAAUCUAAUGUAAUCUUCUCAGUCAAAAGGACAGGCAACUUGAUGGUCUUGUAGAGCGAUCCAGGAAGCAAUAUAUUGACACGAACAAUAAAUGAUUAAAGGUAAAAGUCACAUGACCUUCAUGGCUAUCACAGGAUUCCUCCCUAUCUUGUAUCUGAUUACACUUCGGCUCAGGUUCUUGUAGCCUGGCUGGUGAAUUAUUAAACCCCCAGCAGUAUUUCAAAGUAAGCACCCAUCAUCUCUGCUGCAUCCUGCAGUUCCAGGAAAAAGGCUCUAGUUGUGGAACUGGAUUUGCUAGUAUAUCUUAAGGCUGCCUGCUUCUUCACCAUCUGUAUUCCCGGUGAAGGGACUCCCGGAUCAUCAUCAGUUACUUGGAGAUAUGGAGCAAUCCUACAGAGCUACAAUCUCUAUCUACAAGAGCAUCUUGGAACAGUUUAACCCAGCUCUGGAGAACCUGGUAUACCUGGGCAGUAAGUAUGUCCGGGCUUUUCAUGCAUUAUCUGAGGCCGCUGGUGUCUAUUUCACAGCAAUCCAAAAGAUUGGGGAACAAGCCUUACAGAGCUCGACCUCACAAAUACUGGGUGAAAUAUUGAUACAGAUGUCUGACACCCAAAUGCACUUGAACCGCAACCUGGAAGCAGUAGCACAGACCUUCCAUGUCGAUUUGCUUCAGCACAUGGAGAAAAACACAAAGCUGGAUAUGCAGUUCAUCAAUGACAGUCGUCAGCGAUAUGAGAAGGAAUACCGACGCAGAGCUGCCAGCAUAGAUAAAUGCAUGUCAGAUUUGUGGAAGAUGGAGAGAACUCGAGACAAAAACACCCGGGAAAUGAAGGAGAACAUGAUGCGCUUGCACACGGAGAUGCAAGCUUUUGUCAGUGAGAGCCAACAGGCUGCUGAGCUGGAGGAGAAACGCCGUUACCGCUUCCUAGCUGAGAAGCACCAGCUGCUCUCCAGUACUUUCCUGCAGUUCUACACUAGGGCCCAGGCCAUUAUUCAGAACAAGGCACCCCUGUGGAAGGAGCAGCUGGAAGCCACCCGUAAUUCUGCCCAGAACCUGCUCAGCACUGCCCACAGCCAGAGCCAUUCCUCUGGUUGUCUGACUCCAACCCACGUGGAGGUGCCUCAGAGACCUCUGGGUGAAUUCAGUUCAGUGGUGGCAGGACGAAGCUUCAGCCCCUUUCCACAGGAAACACCAGAAAUUUUACCUUCCUCCCAGCCAGAGCCAAGGAGGAGGCCCCUCUCAAGAACUCCAUCUGUCGGUUCCCUCUCUAUUGGCCAGCGUUCUCGUUCCAGCUCCUUUGGAGAGAAGACAACAGGAGGGAGAGCAGAAACAGGAAGUAAAGAGGGGAGUAGGAACAGUGGGCUGAAAGUUCAAGCAAUUGUACCCCAUGUGGCGGGCUCCAACCCAACACUAUUGCAGUUGAACCCUGGAGACGUAGUCUCUGUGCUUGUACCAGAAGCACAAAAUGGCUGGUUAUAUGGCAAGCUGGAAGGUACAUCCAUGAGUGGCUGGUUUCCAGAAGCUUUCGUGAAGCCAUUGGAGGAAAUGAGAGACCCCGAGGAGACGCCCUCCAGAACUUUCCCUCUGCGAGGCAGUCAGAGUGCUGAUGACCUCCUGGACCGACCCAGCACCCCAUCUGUUGCUGACUAUUGGCAACAUCCCAGCAGGCCUCAGUCACCAAGUCCUUCUCCGGCUCUGCUGGGGACAGGAAGCCGUCUGAGCAAUACAGCUAAUGCUGCAACCACCACAGACUCCAAGAAGCCAGCAAACUGGGAGCAUCCUCCAGAACUCUUUCCCAAAGGAACCAACCCUUUUGCUACUGUCAAACUGCGGCCCACAGUGACCAACGACCGAUCAGCACCCAUCAUCAAAUGAAAGCUAUUAAUAGAUUUGAGUGGGUGACUGCCUGGCAGAUAAAACUGUACAGAAUGAUCCUUUUAGUUCUUGAGCACAUCAUGUUGGCAUUAUUUUGAAAAUGGUUACUCUUCUUGGGCAGCUCUUGAGCCUGCUGUGGUGUAGAUAAUUUAAUCUAGAUCCCUAGGAUAUGUUCUUAAGUUCUUUUUUGACAGGGACACCUCCAGAUGUUGUUGAGAUACUAUUUCCAUCCUCCCAGCACAUAACAUUUACCAAGCUAGCAAGAUUGAUGUGAACUGUUGACCAACCUCUUUACAUAUGAUCAUUGAUGGCAGUGCAUAAUUGUGCAUUUGUUUGGAAUGCACAGUCUGUGAUGCAUUUUGGCUACAUAGAGCUCUUGUUAUUCAUAAGAUCAUACUUUUGAGUAGCCAAAGGGUAAUAUUUUGUCUCUGGGAAGAUGCAAUACAUCUCCUAACUCACAGGAGUGUCAUGGCACCUAUUGGAUAUAUCCUAGGAUUUUUCAGGGACAAAAACAUGUUACAUGAUGAUCUGUGAUCAUAGUUUUGGACACACAAAUUUUAACUCAUGUGUAGCCAGAAGGGGAAAAAGACUGAAGAUGAUGAUCAAUGACACAUUCAACCAAAAAGGUUUCUCUAAGUUUUGUUUUCCUGAUCUCAGCUGCCCCCUUUGAACUUGAUGUUAAACCUUCUGUGGAAAAACAUACAUUUUAGUUUACAGAAACAUUUUUCUUUUGGUUCAAACCAACAGUAACCUUGGAAGAGGGAGGGUUUAGAGUGAGAAUAUGGCAGUAGGGAGGGUUUAAGAUGGGUCAGGGAAUUUGUGGCCCUCUUACUUAUGUUGAAAUACGAUUCCAACCAGUCCAAAUCAGCAUAGCCAGUGGGGAACAAUGAUGGGAGUUGUAGUCAAGGACCACCUAGAGGACCAUACAUCACCAACCCAUAGAUUAAGCAUUUCUUCCAAAUGUGGCACUGCUCCAGCCACAUUUAGAACUUUUGGAAGUUAAUUUUAAAACAUCAGGAGAUCCCCUCACAGAUCUCCUGCAUGAUGUGCCAUUUGGCGUUAAAUGGAGAGCUGGCUUCUGCAAAUAGCACUAAUGAAUCCAUUGUUUGUUUGUUUGUUUAUUUUAAAUAAAAUUUAAAAUUG